AGGGAAACACCUCCUCCUUCCCCCUCUUCUCCCUACCUCCGAAAAGAGUAAAAUACCACGUAUGAUUACAUGAUUAUAGGAUUUCUACCCCUCUACCCCAUCCCUCUAAUUGAAUAUGAGUGCAGAUAUAUAUACGCAUGCACCUCAAUACUGAACCCGCAGAGGAACAUGCAUGCUAAAAAUUAGCCUAAGAAGAAGUUCGAUUCGCCUUCUGGAUAUUAAUGUUGGGACGUCGGUUUUGCAUUGAACAUUACCCUCACUGAGAAUACUAAUUGAUCUGGAAUUAUCACCACCUUUGUGAUUCUGUAACGUGAUGGAGCUCCUUUCGUUCAUGAGUGUUAGUUUGAUAGACAAGACUAUUUUUAGAUUCAAAAAGAUGAGAUUGUACUAGACUAUUAGAUAGAAAAAGAUGAGCUCUUCCAAUGCUCCUCCUUUGUCUGUGGCGGAGCGCACGCUGCAGCGUCUUGCUGACAGGCAGCACCGUGCUGCACAUGAGAGUCCUCAUGAUGGUGGGGAAGAGCUUCACAGUGGUGACGAGGAAAAUCAUGUAGAUGAGCUUCAUCAAAGUGCUGACGAUGAGAAUGUUGAACAUCUUAGCAUUGCUGAGAGUCGUGACGACGACGAUGGCGAAGCUAGCAUCGCGCAUAGUCAUGAAUUUGAAAGUGGCGAUAAUCAUGACGAUGGGGACGGUAUCCACAGAGGCCUCGAAGACGAGCAGCACCACGAUGCUGCUGAUCAUGAUGCAGGCGUGCGGGACACCAGAACCACGACAAGAACAGGACACGAAGAAGGCAGUGUUGUUACUGGACCAGGACACGAGAUGCCAGUACAAGAACAAGACGGAAGCAACGAUUCAGCUGUAGAUGUUGUUGAGGGCUUAUCUCGGGAUACAAGAAAAAGCAGACCUGUUGUUCAUAAGGAUGACACCGAGAAGGAGGAGGUAUCAGAGACCCAAAAUGAAGAUCUCACUGAAGAAAAGGCACCCGGUGCUCACGAGGAGGUUUCAGACAUGCUGACUGCAGAUGCAUUACCAAAGAGACCACAGAGCAGGACGACGGGCAGGACUGCGCUUCUAGCAAAUGUGCAUGUCGGUGCAAAUACGUCAGCCAGUAUCGACGAGGAGCAGAAUUUCGAUACUGCCCGUGCGCUUCCGCAGUACGCUUACCAAGUAAUGAAUGGCUACGCAAAGUUGAUGCGGUUGUAUGCCGGUUACGCGCACAAUACGAGGAACUUGAACCUUAAAGAAGAGGACGGAGGAGCCAUGGAACAGGAACGACUGGGUCGAGUUUUGGAAGCCUUACACAUCGCACAGGACCGAUUGCGAGCACCACUUCAGACGGUCUUAGCAGCGUCGUCAGAGGUGUUUUUUCGCCAGAUUGAGACAACCACAGAACUAGCUUCGCAAAUGCAACGGCAACGACAAGAAAUACAGAUAGCGAUAGGGGGAGAUAUCAUAGGAGCGGGAGGAGAGGAGGCCAUGGAUUCCAAUGCAAUAAGCGCCUUUAUUGAGCGUAUUGCAGAUGCUGUAGUGAACAAAAUGGAGAGACGGAGCGGAGGAAAGAAUGCGAAUGACGAAGCACAAUCGUCGAAUAAGACUCCUAGAACGAAGAAAACCGAUGCACAAGCAGGAACAGUAGGUAUAACUGGAACUGGCGUUGGUGUUGCAGGUGAUAACAUCACUGGUAAGGCUAAAUUGAAAGGGGCAGUAGGUGGUCAGCAGUCUAUUAGGGAUAGCGAACCAUAUGCCGGAUGGAUGGCCCAUGCAAGGCAAAGAUCUGGAGCCAUGUUCGAAUUAGAUCUAACAGGCGGUCGCGCCUUUCCUACUGCAGUUUCUAUACCGCGUGAUCCGACUACUUGGAAUCAUGACAGCAGGUUUACUCGGACCGGCACUUCAUCUACCAAGGAAUCUACUUCAAAGAAGCCUAAGAGGUCAUCUUCUUUGAAGAUGAACAAAAAAGGUAGUAAUAAAAACGGCCUGGAAAACAGCCAAUCGUCUGACUCCGCUUCCCCGCCAAAAAACUUUGGUUUGCUCAGACCGUCCUCUCCGAAGAGAAGAGAUCCUCAGGAUUUUGUUUCUGAUUUCUCCCGUCAACAAGCCUUGAACAGACAGUUAACGCAGCCACCCGACGACAGACUUGUGUCCGUCUCCGAAGGAAGGAGGCUGUACGAAGAAAGAAACGCGUUAGCGAAUGCUCGAAGAAAACGAGUGGGCGGAGCAGAACAGCGCAUGAAAUCCCUACUAAAUGUGAAUAGGAAAGAACAACUCUUGCUUCAAAGUAAAAGCAUGCCUGUGGCUGUGGCGGAAGAUAAUUCGGCAGGCAGUCCAACUUCGGCUAGUGCUGCGAGUGCUCCUGAAGAGAUCACCUCAGGUGCUAGAAGAAGCAAGAAAUCUAGGAGCUCUGGGAUGAAAAGCCGCGUGUCAUUUGAUAUAAAAAGAGUAAGAGGCACCAGCAGAAAAGAUGAACAGGUGAAGGUGAGCACCACCUCUACCUCAACGCUUAGUACUUCUUCUAGGUCAACGUCUAUUAAACAAGAUCGUAGAACUUCAAAGAGUCCAGCUGUACCUCCAGCCUACAUGGGUGGUGUGGGUCGUGUUGACACCACAGAUGCACCAGGUGGAGAACAACAAGAUGCUAAACCCAACAAGAGAUAUUCGUUUUCCGUGCGAACUUCCUUGCUUGAUUCCCGGUUGGCAAGACCGCCACGACCUGGGUCAUUAACUGCAGCAUCACUUACUCAGCAGGCUGCUGCAUUAGACGGAGCGAAAAUGAAUGACGCCGAUCGACAUGGAGGUGCAGAACGGUCUUCAGGUACAACUAGUACAGCCGGUACAGAUUCUCAAAUGACAUCCACAGGUGCUUCAGAAGUGGCUUCUCGUGUUCCAUCCAGGGGAAAGAGAAACAUGAAACGCAAUCAAGCCCGCCAUAGUUCGAUCAUUGACAACGUGGUUGCUGCGUCAAAGCCAGUCGAUUUCCCUUUGGACCGCUACUAUGAACAGUUUUCGCCUGCAUUGGAGACGGUGAAACGGAUACGAGAACUAGCGGAGGAUGGCAAGCAUUUUCGUGAAGAAGUUCUGAAACAAGAUGAGGGAAUUGCUGGAGAACAUCGGAAGGACAUCAGAGAUUCGGAUUAUGAGUUUGGCAUACCCAUAGACAUGCCUGACGCGGUAAAAGCAGCUGCGGCGACGUCUCCUAGAAAGGGUGGUGCUGCUGCGCCUGCCGUCGCGGGGAAAGCCGGGCCACCAGUCUUAGCGGGGAAAGCCGGGCCACCAGCCGUAGCGGGAAAAGGUGGGCUGCUAGCCGUAGCGGGGAAAGCCGGGCCACCAGCCGUAGCGGGAAAAGGUGGGCCGCCAGUCGUAGCGGGAAAAGGUGGGCCACCAGUCGUAGCGGGAAAAGGUGGGCCGCCAGUUGCAGCGGGGAAAGCCGGGCCACCACUCGUAGCGGGAAAAGGUGGGCCACCAGUCGUAGCGGGAAAAGGUGGGCCACAAGUCGUAGCGGGGAAGGGCGGGCCACCAGUCGUAGCGGGAAAAGGUGGGCCACCAGUCGUAGCAGGGAAGGGCGCCCCACCAGCACCUGCUCCUGUUAA